AGACCGCGGCUUGCUUCCAGACGUUUCUUAAGUUAGACUUCGUGACGGAGCUGUUGGAAGGUGAGAAGAAAUUGAGAAAGGGUCCCCGCUUCAACCUUCGUUUCUCAGUAGAGCGAAGGUUCUGGGACGCCAUUGCGGCGCGCCACAUCUCGCCGGGGGGUUGCCCGCGAGCACGCACAGCUUCGCGAGAGAGUUUCACUCGUCCAUAAAUACCCCAAGUGGGGGCCGCUUCGCAAUGGACAGGUCGCCUUGGUCCCGACGAGAAGCGCCUGAGUCUCCGAUGGCGCGCAGCGAAAUCGUCAUUCCUAUCCACUCACUACGGAGCGUUCCUCAAGAGUCGUACCGGACCGAAGUGCGCCGUCAUGUUCAGCAGGUCUUGGAGCGAGCCGCAGCACGGCCUGAGCACGAUUUACGCCGUGAGCUGAGCACAAUGUUCAACCGGUUUCCCAUGAGGUCGCGCCUACUAUACGGCUUCGAUGACUUCGACGACUUUUUCCGCGACAUUGUGCCGGCUCCCACGUUCCCGUCCUUCGAGAAGGUUUUCCGCGAAGUCAAGACUACUGUGGAUGAACACAACAAGCUCCUCAUGGAGGUAGACGUGCACGAGUACGAGCCCGAGGAGAUUACAGUAAAGGCCAUCGAUGGCCGUCUGCUAGUGCACUGCAAGCGCCAGCGUGCCGGCUGCACCAAGGAGACCCAUCGCGAGAUCUCGCUGCCCGAAGGCGUCGAUGUUGAAAGCAUCACCUCGAACCUCACCGUGGACGGCAGGCUGAAGAUUUGCGCACUCCUGCCGGGUGCGUACGGCUCGCAAGAGCAACCAGUCCAACACGCCAUGGCCGAGCCAGAGGGAGACCAGAAGGCCGAGGCAUAUCUGUACGUGAACGAUUACUAAGCGAGGCUACUGGGAUCGGAUUUCAUUUCGAGGAGGCCUCGCACUGAAAUUCGAACCUAGCGGAUAGUACAACGUUUACUCUGCCGUUCUUUCAGGGUAGGCUCCCACCUUGAGCAUUUCGUCUUUCCAGUGCAGGAGGACGAUUUGAGCCUGUUUCAAGUAAUCAGUUCGAAUGAUUUUACUAUUGGUGUUCAUGGUCAACGAGAAGUUCUGUUCACUAUGCUAUGAAAAACAAGUUGAACAUACGUUAAGUGGGCUUUUUGAUGAGUACCAUAACAGUGGAAAAUUAACUGGUAUUUUCUAUCUUCAAAAAAGCCCCAUUGUAUCCCACUCAAAAUGUUGUAGCCCGUUGACAAGUUCGCCGAUGUAAACAGUCGAAAUAGAGAUUGACACUAUGUUUCAGAUUUGGUUACACUGCAGGCCCCAAUCAUAGUGCCCAGGCUAUUUUAGCGUAAGACAUGUACGUUAUCAAUUGAAAUGAGAGAUGAUUUGACAGAAAGCCACAUCUGCGUUCAAAUUUUCAUCACGUAUGCCGGGGCCCUUCGCUUCAGCACACAGUGAAUUCAAAUAUCGUGCAAAUGGAGCUGAGCACCAUUUCAGCUUGAUUUUUUUCCUAUAAGUAUUCAUAAGUGGAAAAUAGCCUCAAUAUUUCUGGGUUGAUACGUGCCUUUGUGCUGGAUACUUUCUGCCCGAUGAGGCAUUUUUCAACAGCACACAGAGCAGCGAUCAGAGUGCGUGUCUGCUUGUGUGGCAUUCGUUCCUCCGUGUUACUAUUGGUGUCUUUGAAGUGCUUCGAAAAUUUAGUCACUCUUACAAACGCUUACUUUAGGAAUAGCAAGAAGGAAAAAAAAAACAAUUUAGCGCACACGUACAGGGGAAGUCAAAAAUUCCAAGUUAGUAUCCCAUAUAUUGUUAUGGAAGCGUGGCCUGGAAACUUUUGACUAGAACAGUACCUCUUUCACGUCAGCGUUAUCUUUCAGCGUUCGCAAACUCCACAAAGUGCCGCCCGCAGCACUAUGCUUCCGAAUGCCCAUAAGUAGCCGGCAUGGACAUGAAGUCUGGGUUUCAAAACCGAACAUUGUUCGUAGAGACGUUGGCGUUGUCUUAUUCGACAAGACGUGAUGUCGGCGUGUUUAAUAAUACUAUCUACAAAGUAGUGUCUCAUUAUCGCUUUGUUCACACUAACGAACGUCAACGAUAACGAAUGCAGCAGAGAAUGGCAGAUGAGAUAGCGAAAGAGUUCCUCUGUCAUGACAUAUAAAAUCUGCGAAAUUCCUGCCAGCGAAAUCACAACCGUAACUGGCAUUCCUCAAAUAGUUUUGUUUACUUUUGGACGUUUUUUUUUAAAUGUAGCGGCGAUUGUUUGCUUGAAAUUUCUAUGCUGUUGAAUAGGAGGUGUUGGCCUGAAGGUACGUUUGUAUUGUGACUGCGUCAUAUGAAUGCGCUUGCUGUUCGUUAGUGCCACGUGUGUCAGUUCUAAAUCAGGGACAGAGUUAAGGCCUUUAGGUGCGAACGAGAAUCAUUGAAUUUGUUGUAAGCUGCAAAACUGAGCAAAAAUUGCAAAAGAUGGGCAUAUUUAUAGGUAAAGUUGUGUGGGCAACUGGUCUUCUGCAAGGUUUCCAACGAAUAACACAUGUAGCGUUUCUAAUUUUUCUUAGAACUGGCCGUUUCGUUACCUUACUCUUUUUGUAGUUUUUUUUCAUGUUUGCUGAAGCAACUCGCACAGCAACAUAAAUCGUGCGAACACUUUGGCAUUGUUGGUUGACGUGAUUUGUGUACUAUAUACAAAAAGUUGCAUGUUUGCUUUAUAAAAAAACGAAUGUUUCCAGUUCUCCUGCUGUAUAAUAGGCCUAACUGAAGUGUGUUAUUCUUUUAUUUUUGUGACACAUCCCUUUUUUGUACAAAAGUAUGAAUGUUCACAGAAGAUAAUAAAAUUGUUGUAUCCACGUUCA